CUACAGAACUGUUCCCGAGCGGCAGCCAAUUACUGCCGAAGCCUGCAGUACCAGCGCCGUUCCUCCCGGGGUCGGGACUGGGGGCUGCUCCCGCUUCUGCAGCCCAGCUCCCCCAGUGCUUUGCUGUCCGCAACGCCCAUCCCCUUACCCCCUGCUCCCUUCACCCAGCUCACUGCUGCCCUGGCCCAGGUGUUCAGGGAAGCACUGGGAUGCCAUAUGGAACAGGGAACCAAGAGACUGCGGUCAGAGGGAGGUGGGCCUGAGGAGUCUCCCCAGGGAGGGACCAGCAAAAGAUUGAAACGAGAUGGACAGGAAAAAAGCUGGGAGGAGGGACGGGAGGAGCAGCAGGGAUGCACGGGAGACCCCAGCGAAGAUGGGGUGGAGGAAAUGGUUAUAGAGGUUGGAGAGACGGUGCAGGACUGGGCCGUGCAUAGCCCUGGGUGGCCAGGGGAGCCACCCCACGUGAUCGGGCAGCAUCUAGCCCCUGGAGAGGAGGGGCGGUCAGGCCAUGCGGCACUGGCAGAGCAGGGGCCCAAAGGACCUGAGGCAGCAGGAGAAGGGGCUCGGGGUGAGGCAGGGAAGGGGACGUCCCUCUCCUUAGUGAGCUGGCGCUGUGCCUUGUGGCACCGAGUGUGGCAGGGGCGGCGGCGUGCCCGGCGACGCUUGCAGCAGCAAACCAAGGACAGAGACGGAGGCGGUGCCGGCGCUGCAGAGUGGCUGGCAACGGAGGCUCAGGUAACCCGGGAGCUGAGAGGACCCGGCAGUGCUGCGCAGAAGCCAGCGGCUGAGCCGCUCCUGACCUUCGUGGCGUCGGCCUCCCAGGCCGGCCAGACUCUCACUGUGACCCCACUGCAGGAUUCUCAAGGCCUGUUCCCUGACCUCCAUCAUUUCUUACAGGUUUUCCUCCCUCAAGCACUUCGAAACCUCCUCAAGUGAAGACAGGGGCCCUAAGGGGCAAUAAAGCUGCUAGUUAAUAAGCACUACAGUGUCCUCUAAUUUCCACCCAGUACUUGCCCUCCCCAGACCUUACCGCCUCUUCUCAGAGGUGCCUUUGGCCACCCCAAAACGUGUGUCAGCCUGUUCCGUCAUACCAUUUGUCACAACUUGCAGCGAGCGCCCGUGAUGAUGGUGUGUUCCUGCACCUGGGGCCCACUCAGCAGAGUUCCUGAAGGCUGGGGUGCUGGCUGGGGGGCUGGGGCAGUAGCUGUGAGAAGAACCAAGUUUGGCUCCACGUUUACCUUGCUGCCCAGAUUUAUAUGGUGACGGCCUGAAAUUGGGGUUCAGGGUUCUACAACCGUUCUCUCACUUUACAGAAUUCAUCCUGCUCUUAUUAAAAUGGGUAAAACAUUCUCCGACCUGAGCGUGGGUAAAGGGCAGCCCAUCAUGGGUAAACUGCCCCUAAGGGUGACGAGCAGAAGGGAUCCGCUGUGUUCUCUCUCGGCCCCCCCCCCUGCUGCAGGACCAGUACCAGAGCCGUUCCUGCAGUAACUGCAUCCCGGAGCCGCAUGGUGAUUUAAUGCGAGGAAACCUCACUUCUGCAGAGGGUUUCUGACCUGGGCUCCGGAUAGACAUUCAUCCUCUCUAGAAAACCAGAGCGGGAACAAAUGGAAUUAUCCACGCAGGAGUUGUUUCCGCUCGACGCCGCGGGAUACCGAACUGUCGUGCGUAUGCCUUCUAUGCCGUCCUCGCUUUGCGGCUGCUGUUUCUCCACGGCUCUCCCCUUCCCCCCCUUCUCUCCCGGGCGGCUUACUUUGCGGCAGCGCCGAGAGCCCCACCCCCUUUCUCUGCGGAAUCACCAUGGCGGCUGGGACCCUGUACACAUAUCCUGAAAACUGGAGGGCCUUCAAGGCACUCAUUGCUGCUCAGUACAGCGGGGCUCAGGUCCGCGUGCUCUCCGCACCACCCCACUUCCACUUUGGCCAAACCAACCGCACACCUGAAUUUCUCCGUAAAUUUCCUGCCGGCAAGGUUCCAGCAUUUGAGGGUGACGAUGGAUUCUGUGUGUUCGAGAGCAAUGCCAUUGCCUACUAUGUGAGCAAUGAGGAGCUGCGGGGAAGUACUCCUGAGGCCGCAGCCCAGGUGGUGCAGUGGGUGAGCUUUGCUGAUAGCGACAUAGUGCCCCCAGCCAGUACCUGGGUGUUCCCGACCUUGGGCAUCAUGCACCACAACAAGCAGGCCACAGAGAAUGCAAAGGAGGAGGUGAGGCGAAUUCUGGGGCUGCUGGAUGCUCACCUGAAGACGAGGACUUUCCUGGUGGGCGAACGUGUGACACUGGCUGACAUCACAGUUGUCUGCACUCUGUUGUGGCUCUAUAAACAGGUCCUGGAGCCGUCUUUCCGCCAGGCCUUCCCUAAUACCAACCGCUGGUUCCUCACCUGCAUUAACCAGCCCCAGUUCCGAGCUGUCUUGGGGGAGGUGAAACUCUGUGAGAAGAUGGCCCAGUUUGACGCUAAAAAGUUUGCAGAGAGCCAGCCUAAAAAGGACACCCCAAGGAAAGAGAAAGGGUCUCGGGAAGAGAAGCAGAAGCCCCAGGCUGAGCGGAAAGAGGAGAAAAAGGCCGCUGCUCCUGCUCCCGAGGAGGAGAUGGAUGAAUGUGAGCAGGCGCUGGCUGCAGAGCCGAAGGCCAAGGACCCCUUUGCUCACUUGCCCAAGAGUACCUUCGUGUUGGAUGAAUUUAAGCGCAAAUACUCCAACGAGGACACCCUCUCUGUGGCGCUGCCGUACUUUUGGGAGCAUUUUGAUAAGGAUGGCUGGUCUCUGUGGUACUCCGAGUACCGCUUCCCCGAGGAACUCACCCAGACCUUCAUGAGCUGCAACCUCAUCACCGGAAUGUUCCAGCGGUUGGACAAGCUGAGGAAGAAUGCCUUUGCCAGUGUCAUCCUCUUUGGAACCAACAAUAGCAGCUCCAUUUCUGGAGUCUGGGUCUUCCGAGGCCAGGAGCUUGCCUUUCCGCUGAGUCCAGACUGGCAGGUGGACUACGAGUCCUAUACGUGGCGGAAACUGGAUCCUGGCAGUGAGGAGGCCCAGACGCUGGUUCGAGAGUACUUUUCCUGGGAGGGGGCCUUCCAGCACGUGGGCAAAGCCUUCAAUCAGGGCAAGAUCUUCAAGUGAACAUCUCUUGCCGUCACCUAGCUGCCUGCACCUGCCCUUCAGGGAGAUGGGGUCAUUAAAGGAAACUGAACAUUGAA